AUAUAACUCAUCAAUUGUUCGCAGUGACUGCAGUGGUGAUUUAAGCACCACAUGUAAACCCUGUCCUUCAGGAACAUUCAUGAAUGAACCAAAUGGACUUCAUAACUGUUUCCCUUGCAGAAACUGUGCUGAAGAUCAUGGACUUUAUAUCAAGAGUAAAUGCACAACAAUGCAAGACAGCAUCUGUGAUGUGCUUGAUGAUCAUUACUGCAUUGAGUUCUUAAAUCAGCAGUGCAGUCGUGCGAUAAGACACAGUGUUUGCAAAGCAGGACAAGAAACAAAAACACAAGGAACAAAGACCACAGAUACAGUUUGUGUGGACUGCACAUAUGGGUUUUAUUCUCCAUCAGGUCUGAAAUGUAUCAAAUGGUUAAAUUGCACAGCUUUAAAUGAAAUGCAGACAGAAGAUGGCAGCUCUGUAAAAGAUGUCACAUGCAGACCUACGCGGGGAAGAUAUGGUCUAUUAUGUGGUGUUAGGCU